AAAUAAAUAAAGAAGCACCGAACAGACUUGAGAAGACGCCCAUACGAAUGAAGUCCGACUUAAACCCAGCAGAUACAAAGAAAGAAAGUGAGAACAGAGCAGAGACGAAGAUGGAAGUAGAUGGAGAUGACAAGAGAGAACCCCCCGUGGGCUCUCCAACCAAUUCUCAGAAAACUGUUUCUGAUGACGAUGAAAUAGACUACUCCGUCAAACCCGAGUUCUAUGAUUCAGAUAUUGAUGACAAAGAUGAGUUGUGGGUUCAAAAGAAAAGGAAAGGUCGUACUUCUGAUGCUGUGCUUAGUUGUCCAUCUUGUUUCACCACACUAUGCCUGGAGUGUCAAAGGCAUGAAAAGUAUGUAGCCCAGUACAGAGCAGUGUUUGUUGUUAACUGCACGACUGGAAGUGAUCAAGUGUUCCAUCAAAAAGAAGGAAGACCUAGAAAGGGCAAAAGUGGGAGAGAAUCUUCUGAGACUGAAGCAGUUCCUGCAGGUAACCAAACCUUCAAGCAAGUCUGCUGCUUACUUUGCUCAACAGAGGUAGGUGUAAUUGAUGAAGAAGAAGUCUAUCAUUUCUUCAAUGUUCUUCCCAGCGAGUCUUGACCUGCUAAGUUUCCUUAAUCAAUGCAUUGUAUGUUUUCUCUUCUCGUUACAUUAGAAUGGAUCGAACACUUAACCAAUCCUAGUUUUAACAUCUCUCUACCCUCCCUCGCCACUUGAGCUAACCGCGAAAGCUUAUGCAGUGUAGGUUUUAAUUAAACGAAUUGUGCUUCUGCUUAUUUGCAAGGGGUGGUACUGUUGAUGUGUUCCACUUUCUAUUUUGCCCGUUCCGACAAUCAAAUCUCUUGUUUCGAAAUUA